ACCAGCGGCGUGGCCGGCAGCGGAAAAACCUUCUCGGUGCACAAGUUCAGUCUGGACUGGGCCGAGGGCCUGGAGAACCAGGAUGUCAGUGUGCUGGUUGUUCUCUCUUUCAGGGAGCUGAACCUGAUCAGAGAGCGGCCGUACAGUCUUCUCACGCUGCUCCAUGUUUUCCAUCCGGCGCUCCAAAAGGUGACGGCAGAGGAGCUGGCUGUCUGCAAGCUGCUGUUCAUCUUUGACGGUCUGGAUGAAAGCAGACUUUCUCUGGACUUCAGCAGCAAACGGCGGCUGGUUGACGUCUCCCAGCAGUCUUCAGUCAGCGUGCUGCUCACUAACCUCAUCCGGGGGGAUCUGCUGUCCUCGGCUCGGGUCUGGAUCACUUCCAGACCUGCAGCGGCCAAUCAGAUCCCUCCAUCAUGUGUGGACAGACUGACAGAAGUGCGAGGCUUCACUGACGCCCAGAAGGAGGAGUACUUCAGGAGGAGGCUGAGUGAUGAGGAGCUGAGCAGCAGAAUCAUCUCCCACAUCCAGACCUCCAGGAGCCUCCACAUCAUGUGUGGAAUCCCAGUCUUCUGCUGGAUCACUGCUACAGUUCUGGAGCACAUGUUGAGCAGCGAGCAGAGAGGAGAGCUGCCCCAGACCCUGACUGACAUGUACUCCCACUUUAUGAUCAUGAUGAUCGUGAUGGUGAUGAUGCUCUCUCAUCUCUGGAUGAGUUCCUGA